UUCUGAUGUUAUCAUUCUUUUUUCAGGUAUUGGUGGCUUAGCAGCAACAAUGGUCAAAAGGAGUUUGGUGCCAUGAUUGAAGAAAAGAAUAAGAAGAAGCAAUGUUGUGAAUGUGAUUCACAAGAGUUAUUGAUUUCACAUAGUUUAUGUUCUUUCCAGAGUCCUAGUCUCAGCUAUAAGCAAACCUACCCCAUUAAAGCAGAAGCACAAAAUCAGCAGAAAAUUGACCAAAAAUAUUGAACAAAACCAAAAGUUCACUGCGUUUGCUUCCAUAUAAGGAAAGUUAAAGAUUCAUUCUUAGGAAUCAAUGUUGUUUUUUAUCAGUACCCAACAACAAAACACACACCAAGAGAAAAGAAAAAUGCAAAAGCUGACCAAAAGAAUUGUAUGUUGCUUCUUGCUGAAACAACGGAUUGGAAUACCCUCAAAAGCUUAACAUUGCCUCUUCAAGCAACCAAUCUUGUUGCUACAAUUACCACAGAGCAUUGAGACACAGCAGAGGAAGAAACUGAACCAGGUAUCUAUCUGCAGAGAGCUCCAAUGGAAAAAGAGAUUUUGGAAAGUCUUUGGAAUGGUGAUGGAGAAUCUCAAGUUCAAGCAGCUUUGGAACUCUGCAGAUUAAGCAGAAAGCAGAGGCACAAGUUGGAAGAAAGUAGAGUCAUGGUUCCUCUUAUUUCCAUGCUUCAUUCUGAAAACUAUGAAGCAGUAGAAGCUGCUCUCUGUGCUUUGCUCAGUCUUUCCUUUGGCUCUGAGAGAAACAAGAUUCGGAUCAUCAAAUAUGGAGCUUUGGCAGUUCUGGUGAGUCUCCUCCACUGUGAUAGCCAGAGAGCAACACACUUGACUUUGGCAGCAAUGCUAACUCUCUCUUCUUGCAAAGCAAACAAGGUAGCAAUUGCUUCUUCUGGGGCUGUUCAGCUCUUGGUUGGGUUUGUAAACAAUAGCAAUUGCAGCAUUCAGUCUCAGCUUGAUGCUAUUGCUACUCUGCAGAAUCUUACAACCUGCAAAGAGAUUGUUCCAUUGAUUGUGUCUUCUGGGGUUAUGAUGUCCUUGCUUGAACUGAUCCACACCUCAGUAAAAUCAUCUCCAUUGGUUGAGAAAGCAAUUGGGUUGCUAGAAAACAUUGUGUCUUCAUCAGAGAGUGCAUUGUGUGAGGCUGGUAGUACUAUUGGAGCAAUCAGGAUACUGGUUGAGACUGUUGAAGAUGGAUCUUCAGUGAGCAAAGAGCAUGCAGUGUGUGUACUUCUCCUUGUGUGCCAGAGCUGCAGAGAGAAGUAUAGAGAGUUGAUUUUGACAGAGGGAGUGAUGCCAGGGUUGCUUCAGUUGAGUGUGGAUGGAACAUGGAGAGCCAAAUCCAUGGCUCGAGAACUUUUGUUGCUUCUGAGGGACUGCUCCAAUUAUAGCUCAAGAUGUAAACAGAUUGAUCAUGAGCUUGUAGAGAGGAUAAUGGAUGAAAUUGAAGCAGAAGGAGAGGAAUUGGCAGAUACUACUUUGAGAUUGGUGGAGGAGAUGAUUGCAAAGCUUCACGCUUAAUCUUUGCUUGCAUCAGUUUUUUCUUUUUCUUCUUUCUAACUUAUUGGCGUUAAUUAUGUUUUUGACAAGACUUCAUUGCUGAAAAGAUAUUAGUAAACUAAUGUAGAAUUGACAGCAUUGUUGUGUACAUAAAAUUGGUUCGGGUUUUCUGGUAUGUUUUGCUUGGCUUCUAAGUUUACUUGUUCCGAAUUACAAACCUUAGAAAUUUGAAUUCGAUUAGUUUGGGAUAAGAUAUGAUUGUCUCUCACUUUGGAAAAAGUGAAACAAAUAAACAUGUAUACGUGAUCCCUAGAAUCAUGUGGGGUCUUCACUCUUGGGUCAAGACUUAAAUCCCCCCAAUGAACUAAAGAGGUGAGGGAGUGCUUUAAAGGUAGUGGUUUAAACUUUUAAUGUAGGGGUACUGAGUUUUAAUCAAUAUUAUUAGUCACACUAGUUAGUAAGUAAUGGUUUCGAAUUAGAGUGUAAACCCUCUUAUACUAUUGCAACACUCUAUUGCAUAUUU